AGAAGGUCCUUAGUCAUCGAUGAUGUCCCUUCCCGAUAUUACAGGUCGCUUACUAAAGGCCUUAUCCCUGCCCAUCGUUGGUACCACUAAAAAACGCAGAAUCCAUGAAAUCGGCAACGGCGCCGACUUUUUUGCUUCCGAACUCGAGCUCCAACCUUGGCCCACUACACCUUCCACACAUACCACAACCACCACAACCACCACAACCACCAACACCACCAACACCACCAACACCACCAACACCACCAACACCACCAAACCAAAAGGCUCCCGUGAUCUACAAAUCAAAUUACCCCAAGUACCCAAAUCAGUUGUCCUUCGCGCCAAGGAAGGAAUCACCUCCCCGUCGUUACUUGCUCUACGUCCAAUCAGUCGCGCCAGCUCCUUCAACAGCAGCUCGAGCUCCAGCAGCAGCAGCCGGAAUAGUUUCGGAAGCAAGAACAGCAGCAGCAUUGCCCAAAGCGGCAGAGGACACACCCGAUCCCAGUCCGAACCCUCUUGUCAUGACGUAUCGCGCCGACGAUCCCCAAGCAAGAAGCGACAGGCAAGUCAGCUCUGCUGGAGAGAGUACUGGGGGUGAAAAGGAUUAGAAGGAAGGGGGAAAAAAAAAGGGAAAGGUUGGAUAUCUGCAGUGCCUAUCAUGGCACCACCACCCCGACCCCCACCGUCGCCCCGAGCACAAUCGCGGAUACCCCGAUCCCGAAGAGCCAAAGCGCCCAUAAUACCCACACCCACGCCCCUC